UUCGCCGACAUUUUGGUGCAGAAGUCCUUCGAGCAGUACCAGACUUUCGGGUCCACCCACGGCAAGAAGGUGGUGAUCACCGAAAUCGGCUGGCCAACCUCCUCGGCGCCGUCCGAUUCGAACAUCGGCAGGCCGGACGUCGCCGCGGCCUUCCUGAGGAAGUGGGCGGCCUUUGCGGCUGAGCACGGGAUCGAGUACUACUGGUUUGAGCUGUUCGACUCGAGCUGGAAGAAGGCGACCCUGCCCCACGAGCCGGCCAGCAUGUCGGAGUUUAACUGGGGCCUCAUCCGGGACGACCACCUGACGGACAAGGGCCUCAUAUGA